UUCACCUGCAGAAACAAUAUGUCUGAGUAUGAAAAACAACCCACUCUGGUCCCAGUCAAACCACAAAAAAAGCUGUAACUUCCGGGUAUAUACAUAUAUGUGUAUAUAUAUAUAUAUAUAUAUAUAUAUACAUACACACACACACACAUAUAUAUACAUACAUAUAUAUAUACACGCACACAUAUAUAUAUUCAUAUUCUAGCCCUACCAUUCCAAUAACAGUCUCAGCCUAUAGAAACAAUCUGUCUGCUCCUCUGCCUCAUUUUCUCAUUUUUUCUUACACCUUCCUGUAGUCUGGUUCCCAUCCUGUCUUCCAAAUCCAUCCCACCCACUCCUCACUGCAUCAUAUUCCACUUCCUUAUCUUUCCAAUUAAACCUCUGAAAAUCAAAAGAUUCCAAGACUGGAACCUGGCUGCUCUGUGUUCUUAAGUGCGGUCUUAAGACAAGUGCUAACUGCUGAGUUUGCUAUUAAACAAAAAAGGACCUAGCUUAGUGAUGCACCCUUUUAAUCCCAGCACUUGGGAGACAGAGUCAGGAAUUCUAGGCUAGCCUAGUUUAUCUAGUGACAGACAAAGCUACAAACCCUGUUUCUUUCUUUCUUUCUUUCUUUCUUUUUUUUAUUUUUUUCUUUCUUUUUUUUAAGAUUUAUUUAUUUAUUAUAUAUAAGUACACUGUCGCUGUUUUCAGACACACCAGAAGAGGGCAUCGGAUCCCAUUACAGAUGGUUGUGAGCCACCAUGUGGUUGCUGGGAUUCGAACUCAGGACAUCUGGAAGAGCAGUCAGUGCUCUUAACCACUGAGCCAUCUCUCCAGCCCCCGAGACCCUGUUUCAAAACAAAAACAAACACAGGCCCCAAAACAACAACAAAAAGGAGAUUUACUUAAGUCUUGGAUGAUAUUCUCUACUGCCCAUAGUGACGUCAAGUUUCCUGUCUUGGCCCCUCUGCAUAAGUGCCCUCCCCAGGCUAGAGGCAAACAUCUGUAUUGCCGCAACACUGUGUAUGUCUCUCUCACAAACACACACACCAAGCUUUUAGUUUGACCUUCCUUUACACUAUCAAGGAAAGACUAUUAUGUAACUCAUGCCACAGACUAAAAAGGACAAAGGAAAUCUAAAGACUUGUGUUUGAAUCGUAGCUCACUUCAUUUCUAAGAGCCUCCGUCUCUGACUUGUAACCUGGGGAAAACAACUAAAUUUGUAUGUCUAAUCAGUUUACGGACAGUAGUAACAGUUGAUAUCAAGUGCUCGAUCCCUAAGAAGUGAUCAAUAGUGUCUGCACCGCGUGCCGGCACGAACCCCGGUUGGUUGUGGGUCGCUAGGACUAGACUGAGAGCUUCCUGAGGUCCACGUAAAUGCUCCGCCGGCGCGGGAAAGAAGCUAAACUGGCCGGGUCCAGAAGGACUAGGCUCCAAUUCCCGGAGGGAAGAUCAACCAAGCGGACCCCACCUCCCGGAAGUGACGACACAGGGGCGAGAGGUGCGGCGGCCGGCCUUCCCGAGCCGGACGCGCGCAGGAUGGCGGAAGCGGAAGGGAGUUCUCCGCUCCUCUUACAGCCGCCGCCGCCCCCUCCUCGGAUGGCGGAAGUAGAGACGCCGACGGCGGCCGAGACGGACAUGAAGCAGUACCACGGGUCCGGUGGAGUCGUCAUGGACGUGGAGCGGAGCCGCUUCCCCUACUGCGUGGUAUGGACACCCAUCCCGGUGCUCACGUGGUUUUUCCCCAUCAUUGGUCACAUGGGCAUCUGCACAUCCACAGGAGUCAUUCGGGACUUCGCUGGCCCCUAUUUUGUUUCGGACAGGCCAGGAGGGCAGUAUGGCCAGAGGAAUCUUAAGUUACUGGUUCAGCCCUCUGUCCCCGUCCCUGGGUACCAAGACAUGGGUAGGGGUUAGAGGCAAGAGUGGAGUCAGACCAUCCCGGAACCACAUCUCUGGACCUUCAGAAG